AUGAACUUGCUUCUUUCCGACGACUACCUGCUCCAGGACUACCCAGAGAGCAUCACGGGCACCAUACGAUCGGGGCAUGCAACUUUUCUACGAUUCAAUCGCAAGGGCGACUACCUCGCGUCCGGCCGCGUCGAUGGAACUGUCAUUGUCUGGGAUUUAGAGACCAUGGGUGUCGCCAGGAAGCUGCGCGGCCACAACAAGAGCAUCACAUUUCUCAGCUGGUCUAGAUGUGGUCGCUAUCUGCUUUCUGCGUGUCAGGGAUGGCGGGCCAUCCUAUGGGAUCUGAAAGAUGGAAGCAGGUUUCGCGAAGUGCGCUUCCGCGCUCCAGUAUACAUGGCAGAGCUUCACCCAUGGAAUAGGUUGGCGCCAGCGCUCGUUGAUGUAUCCGAACCCGUCGAUGUCAAGCGCGUACUCCCUUCAGCACCGAAACGAGCGAACGCCGACGAGCGACAGGCAAAGGAGGAUGCCAAACAAAUGACCACAUCCGCAGUCUGGACCAUGUCCGGUGAUCAUAUUCUUGCUGGGACUAGCAAAGGGAAGAUCAACAUAAUCGACGCCAAGACGCUGGAGAUCAUUUACUCGGAAAAGAUUUGCGCUGGCGCAAUUACAACACUGCGAAUUACAGGUUCCGGUCGCGACCUUUUGGUCAACUCACAGGAUCGCAUCAUUCGCACCCUACGGAUUCCGAACCUAUCUGCCCAAGAUCUCGACCCUGACACGAUACAAAUACCGAUCGAGCAUAAAUUUCAAGACGUUGUCAACCGCCUGUCGUGGAAUCACGUCACGUUUAGCGCAACAGGCGAAUAUGUUGCUGCAUCGACAUAUAAUAACCAUGAACUGUACGUCUGGGAGCGCAACCAUGGAAGUUUGGUCUGCAUGCUCAAGGAUCCAAAGGAGGAACAGGGGGUUAUUGAAUGGCAUCCUGCCAGGGCAAUGCUCGCAGCCUGCGGGUUGGAGACUGGCAGGAUCUAUAUGUGGUCAGUUGUCAGCCCGCAAAAGUGGUCGGCUCUUGCGCCCGAUUUUGCCGAGGUCGAGGAGAACGUCGUGUACAUUGAAAAGGAAGACGAGUUUGAUCUUUAUGCGCAGGAAGAGAUCCACAGGCGGCGCCUAGACGCCGAAGACGAGGAGGUGGAUGUCAUGACAAACGACCAUCUGAAGACUGAGGACGAGAUGGAUGGCGACGAGUUUCGCAUGCCGAUUUUGUUUACGCUGGGUGAAAGCGAUAGCGAGGACGAGUUCAUAACCGUGUCGACAGGGACCAUGCGCCGGCGAAGUCCUGGGGAUGAUCAGUCUGAUUCACAUGGGGCAGUCGAGGCUGUACCACCAAAACGAGGAGCGGCCAAGGGUGGACGUGUACGAUCCUCUCGCAAUCACGUUAACUCCAGUUUCUUCGGCCUGCCCUCUGUCGCCACGCCUCAACACGACAAACUUUGUUCACCGGCCCCCAACUCAUCACCACGCGUGUCGGGCAUCGAGCGCGACAUCACCAAGCACAAAUUCGAGUGCCUGAAAACCCAGUGA